ACUGCAGAGAAGGAAGCCAAAGGUGGUCCGAAGAUGGCGGACGGACCGCAGCUUCUCUUUUGUGACACAUUUAAUCACGAUACUGAAGAGUUAAACCUUGACGUGGUGUCCUUCCCCUGUCCUGUUCACAUCCACGAGGCACGGAUCAUCCCACAGGGCACCUGGGCACAUAGGGACCUGCCAGAGGACAAGAAAUAUGGAAAAACUCAUCCCUCAGCCUUUGAUGUGGAUCUGUUUGCCAUCAACUUGAACAAGUCCACUGCUGCAGUGUUCGACACACUGGGGAGUUUCAAGUACAAUGCCCAUUCCAGCAUACAACUUGCCACCAAUCCCAAGAUUUCCACCGACAGAGUUGCAGUGAAGGGCUGGUACACAGCCCUGACCUUAGCGCUGUACGGUACUCUCACAGAGCCCACCGGUCAUGACGACAUUCCACCUCCUCCUCCCAGCCAACCACAGAUCAGGACACAAACUCGCUCUGGGAGAGAGUCGAGCCCCAGGUCCCAGUCUAGAGACUCGUAUCCCGAGAGAAACAGGUCGACUGAGCGCGAGCGGGACAGUCCGCGGGCACACCGCCACAGGUACGAGGAUCUGGAAUCCAGAACGGGACGGUCACCACGGAGACACAGUCCCGGGCCCCACAGUAGCCGCGACCGUGACAGGGACCGCGACACGGAUUCCGUGUCCUCGCAGCCGAGCCUGACCGUCACCAUCAGGCAGGGACCGCGCACGCCGCCCGGCCCUCCCCCGCCAGACUCCGACGAAGAACCGGAGGAACCCAAGGAAAGAACUCGGGAUGAAGGGAGGGAAAGAGAGAGGGAGGGGAGAGACAGAGACAGGAAAGCUAGCGACCGUUCCAGCGAACCUCGGGAGAGGGAGGGCCGCGAACGGGAGACUAGAGACCGAGACAGGGACAGAGAAAGUCGAACUAGCCGAGACAGGGAGAGCAGAAACAGCAGGGAGAGGGAACCGAGGGAUAGAGAGAAGGAGAGAAGAGAGAAAGAACACGAAGAGGAGACGUCUGCGGUACAAACUCCGGAUGUGACGGAGGGGAAGGGGAACCAGGAGCUGUUUGAGCCGCUGACUCCGGAGCAGUCUCCAGGAGAACAACACUUUAACCUGUCUGAUGGAGAGAUCAAUGAUACAGAGGAGCAGGCGGGGAGGGAUCCAGAGGCUUAUGAGGAGAUUCUUAGUGAGGAGGAAGGGAUGGAAGAUGAGGAUGGACCGGCCGAGGCAUCUGCAGAGGGAGUAGAUAUCUUCAGCUACACCACAGAAGAACCAUGGCUCUACUUGACCUCCAUAACCUUUAACCCCUACCAGUGUGACCUGGGACCGCUAGUGACGUUCUCGUCCCCGGAGAAGACUCGCCACGAACUGGAGCUCGCUCAGCUGGAGCAGAAGGAGCCAGAAGAGCGACACGAGUCCGCGGACAAGAUGGUGGAACAGGUGGAGGCGAUCAGGCGCAGCGAGGACAGGGGGCCGAAGUGGGUACAGACACUGGAGGAACUACAGGAGCUGGUCACACCUGGACUGGCACACCUGCAGUAUCAGGGGCUGCACAAAGACUAUCUCAGCACCCUGUAUGAGUGGACCCUGCAUGGCCUGGAGAUCGACACAGCCCUGACCCUGCCCAUAGCCAUAAACCUCAGGCUCCUGAAGGCUUCCAUGAGGAUGGUGGCUGCCCUGUGCGAGUGUGGGCCUGAGGUGGCUGCUGGCCUGAUUAGAGCUGGAAUCCAGGACAAACUGUUCACCCUGCUGUUUGCUGAACACAUGUCAUCCUCACUCAAGUUAGCUGCCAUCAAAGCCUUGGACAGUACCAUUAGCUGUCAGGAGGGGGUGGAGAGGUUGUUAGGCUGGCACCAGGAGGAGGAGGAGGGAAAACCCUCCUCAGGAUACCAGCAGCUUAUAAACCUCAUGCUGGGGGACCAGACUGUGCGAGUGGUGACAGCAGCCACAGCCUUGGUGAGGAAGGCCAGUCUGUAUGAGACCAUCACUACACUACAGAGCACUGCAGACCAUAUUGUAGAGACGACCCAGAUUCCAGACCUAGAGACUGAGGGGAAAGUAGAGACGUCUGGCAAGACUGAAGACUCUGACAAGGCUGGUUUAAAGGAUGAGGAUGAAGAUGAGGAUGUUGCCAUGGAUACGGCCAUGUCUCCCCUGGAGCAGGUGCAGUACAGCGCCAACAUGCAGGACAUCGAGACUGUCAUCAACUGUCUGGAGGAGCUCUGCACAAUCGUGCGGGAUGCAGUACACAUUAUUGCCCAGCCCCACCCAAAAGCAUUCCCCACCUCAGCUGUGCUAACAGGACACACCACUGUAGGAGACCCAUACCCCGUCAUCUACCAUUACUUCACUACAAGACGGUUGCUGGAGUGCCUGGUGGUCCUGGUGUCCUCCCCCAGUACUGCAGCCCACCCUGGGAUCCUCAACGCCAUCAAGGACCUCAUGACACAGCUCAUGCUCACUCAGAAAGGUCUGCUGUACCUGGCUUCCCAAUAUGAGACUGUCAAUGUCCUCAUCAGAGUCCUGACUCAGUCCACGGAGUAUGACCGUGAAGACUCCAGUAUGGACACCACGGCACAGGAUCUGGGCCUGAAGCUGAUCUACCAUCUCCAGGCACUGCAGGCCAUUGACCAGCUACAGGAGUGUAUCAACAAAGGUUGUAUCACCCAGGGUGAGCUGGACAGUGCAGAACUCCUGAGCACACUCCACACCAUGUUCUCUAUGACAUUCACUUCUCUAGGUCGAUCCUCUUUUGUCCAUGUGUUGGGGCUGGAGACAAACCUGACGUGUCUACUGGCAUUCGUAGAGUCUACUGGUGAUGAAGACACGGACAACAACCUGCGGAAGUCGGUGUGUUUUAAGUACGCCUGUGUGCUCCUGCUGCUGACUGUGCAGGGCUCAGACAAUGUGGACAUGCUGGAGAAAUAUGCACAGAGACUGCUGACAGUCUGCGAGCAAGCUCCUGAAGCGAACCCCAAACUGCUAGACAUCAGGAAGUGGCUGCAGCCUGUGAAGGGUCUGACCUUUGACCUGUCGUCCAUCUGUGGCCUGGUGGAGCUGGUCAAGGUGGGGUCGGAUGAGCUGGACCUGAACCGGCUGAACGUGGUGGGGCCGUCUGUCACCACCUCACUCCGCAUCCUCAAACACCUCUGCUGUCCACCAGCGAAUGCACACUGUGGGCAGAAAGACCUGAAGUGGAAUCUGUCUGUCAUCCAACUUUUCUCUGCCAAUGCUAUGGAGAUAUUCAUCAUCAUGCUACAGAAGCUGGGAACAGCCCUGCUGCACCCCUGGCGCAGGGGGCACCCACAUCCUGGCACUCAGGCUGCCAUGGUGAUCUCCAUGGUAACAUCAGCUCUAGCUGUCGUCAAGACGAUGCUUGCAGAGCUGCUCGGUAGUGGUUCUGUCCAGUUCCGAGAUGUACGGUUGCUGAAGUCACUACUGACGCUCCACACGGUGUUGUGUUCCGCCCCCACCACCGGGACCUUCAUCCAGGAGACACAGCGCGUACAGACGGACAUCAUCGACGUGUUCCUCACCUUCACACAGCCUCCUGUCACUCAGAAGUCUGACAGUGAAGAAGCCUUGGCUAACACCACCUGGUCCAUGAUGCUGAAGGAGGUGCUACAGUACAUCAUGUCUGCACCAGAGGCCUUCCUGGGGGGGCUCACCAUGCUGUCUGAGCUGCUGCCACUGCCCCUGCCCAUGGGGGCUCGGGAGUCCCUGUCACCAGAUGACGUGGUGUUAGCCCUGAACAACCGUAAACUGUGGAGUGCCUACCUCCACAUCCACAGCAGUGAGCUGCAGCAGGUCAUCAAAGCACUGGCAGGUUCAGGCUGUUCGCAGCUGCAGCAGCUGCUGAAGCGGGUGUGCUGGCAGAUGGCUGACUUGGCUGCACCCACCUCCCUCAUGGUUGUACGUUCAUUGUUUGACAUUGUACUGGAGUCCAUCAAUGCCAACGAGAAGGGUCGAGAGGAGAGCCGGCCCGUGGACAAGCCGUGUUCCGCAAACACCCUGCGUCUGCUUGAACUGGUGGAAGACCUGAUGUCCCAGGCUCCCAUCAAGGCACCUGCUCUACACCUCCUCAGGAGUGGAGCCAAGUGUGAUGAGAAGUACCUGGACCUGCUGUACUUCCUGUGUCUGCUGAUGAACGUGGUGUCUGACCAGCAGAACCACCUCCAGGCUCAAGACUGUGUCGUGUCUAUUUUCCAGUCUCUGUGUGAUCCAGACAUCACUCUAACAUCUCCAGAGAGUGGGGCAUCAUUACUUGAACAGAAAAUGAAACCCAAUCAAACGUUGCAGCUGGCAAACUCGUUACCUGGUAAGGACCACCUGCUGUCCAUCUGCACCACCCUACUGGACCAUGUCAGCAGUGAGGAGCAGACCUUUGGGACCAUUCUACAGGCUCUCCGUACCAUUGUCAUGCUGUCUGAACACGACUACGGCUUCUAUACACUCAAGAGUGCCCUAAAAAAGAGCACUGACUGCUUGUACAAGCUGUUGAAGAGACUAGCCUCGACCUUCAACAAGGACAAUGCUGACCACCUGGCCGUCAUCUCCACAACCUUUGAACUCCUGCGCGUGCUGCUGACGAUCGAUGAGGAGAUGGGGGCGGCGGUGCGGACCAUGGUGCUGAGUGGGGGGGAGAUGAGGGAGCUGCUGAACUGGUCUGACGAGCCAGAGUACCCGCUGCACAGUCUGGAGAAACAUCUGACUGAGUGCUGUAAGGAAGAUGAGAGCCUGGAGAGCCUGAUGGAGGCUACAGUAAACCUCCGGCAGUCCAUACAGGCUUCUGAGGAGCAGGAACUGCCCAAAGAACCCGAGGAACCAGCACUACCGUCCCCAGAACAGAUCACGGACCAGUUUAACUCCCGCGCCAUCUACCUGGUGGGGGAUGAGUACGACGAGCGCUCCGUCAGCCCCACCUUCUGGCUGUCCUCUCCUCCUCCUGAGGAUGCUGAUAUUGAAGCUGACAUGGUGAAGUGUGACCUGAUUGACAUGUCUCAGAAGUUCCUGAAUGACUUUGACGUGAAGGCAGAGUUAGAGAAGGACAUCACCACUUCUACAGGAGCUCCCACUCCUCCAGGCAAGGCUGCCAGAAAGAGACUGAACAAACCAAGGGUGGAACCUAUGGUGUCUUGGGGAGGCAGAGGGCCCAUCCAGCGGCAUGGCAAUGCCCCCAUGCGAGGUAAAGGCUACAGCAUAUACAGCCGCGGCAUGGCCUUCCAGUCGCGCCCAAACGACGUGUUCCGCCAGCGCAAGCAGAACACCAGCCGCCCUCCCUCCAUGCACGUGGACGACUUCCUGGCCAUGGAGGACGACACGGGUCCGCCCGCCAAGAGACAACGACAGAACGAGUCUUCCAAUCGAGGUGGUGGUGGUGGCAGUGGCCGCGGUGGGUUUGGCCGUGGGCGUGGAGGUUUCCGUGGCAACCAUGGUCCUGAACCAAGAUGGCUGUCUCCGCCCGGACCGUACGGCCGCAGGGGCAGAGGUACCCUCAAAAUGGGCAACAUGCAGGACAAAAUCCCAAACUUGGAGCAGCUACAAGGCUCGCGAACUCAGGACCACAGGGACACCAGACCCCGAUCAGCUGAAGGGAACCCCACCGUUAAGGAGGUGGUACAGGAUGUUCAGUCCUCCCUCCCCAACCUGGACGAGAUGGCCGCACGGGACCAAAACCACGAGGACACCAAGCGCAAGCUCAGAGUGCCAAGCAUGGGGAACAUACAGUCAAGGGGGAACCAGUGGGGGGGCAGGGACCCCCCUCAACAGCACGGGGGGUUCGGACACAGAGGCUUUGGCAGGGGACAUGACAGCAGACCGCCUGGCCCACCAUCAUCACCAGGGGGAUACAGAGGUAAGGGACGAGUCGUACAAGGUCGGGAAGGAUGGGGUCGGCUGGGUCGAGGGGGUGGUGGCGGCGGUCGGGGCAUGCGUGGGGGACACUGGUCCGGACCCAGGGAAAAGGACAACAACCAGAGGUUCCUGCCACCUCCCAGUCCAGGAUACAGCAGGGGCAGAGACAGACAUGCCAGGUCCUUCACUAGAUAGAACCUGCCUUCAAGGUCACACAUGGGGGAGGGGGGCGGCCACACAAUCUCUCAACACUUACCACAUACUCCUCAAACUUUGUGCAUCUGUCAAGGAAAACCCAUGGAAGGGACCCUGGUGCAACCUGGAUUUUGGAGGAAGGA